CUAUCCCCUCCCUUAUCCUCUUCCUUCCCCACACACAACCCGCGUCCGAAUCAUUCCUCUCUCCAUCCCAGGCGGUUCUCCGGCGAUGCUGGCCCUGAUGCCAGCGGUGGAGGCAGCCGAGCUGGGUCCGACAGGCGGUAGCCUUGGAGGGGUCACCGCGGUUGCGCGUAAUGGCCGGCGGCGUUCCCCUUCGUCGCUAUGCGAGGAGAGGAGGAGCUCAUGCACUGCAUCUGCGGCGCCGGCGGUGAUCCCCAUCGUUGCCGUUGCGAGAGGAGCCCCCUUCGGCUCCGGCGGCGAUCCCCUUGGUCGCCGUGCGAGAGGAGUCUCCUUCGGUUCCGGCGGCGAUCUAACAAGCGACAGCCAUGGCGGGGUUGCAGGUGCGCGCGGCGCUGCUCGCGACGGCCGGCUACAUCGCGGAUUCCGUCCCGGAGCUCCAUCUCCACCGUUUUUGCCUCGCACAAGCAUGACGCGCCGGGUCUGUCGUGGUUUCAUGCAUCGACAGUUGACUGCAGUCAAUGGGCCAGUGCCCUCCACCGGAGGAGCUGAUAGUGCUCGCGUAGGCGGCGUGCUAGAGGAGGAGCUGCUGCUCGGACAUGAUCUUGAGAGGUUGGCGGCUUCGUCUUCUGAUUCCCACACAGUCGAGCGAACAGAAGUUGCGGCUGCUCCUGUGGUAUACAUCACAGGGGGCGGCGGGCGCGGUGCUUGGCUAGGUCCAGUCGAUGGCAGGCAGCGAGCUCGGAGGGCCGCGCGCGGAAGGCUGCACGAAACUCGGGUGCGAGCUCAAGGGAGACGAGCUGCACGAGGCUCGGGUGCGUGAGGCGCUGCUCCUCUGGAUCGGGACCGUGCAGCGUCAGGAAAUAGGUUUUGAAGGUGAAAUGCUUCCCUCUAAAUGCUUCCGAACCAUCCUGUACGUGAAUGCCUACAAUUACCAACCACCCAUGCAUGAAUGCCUGAAAUUAUUGGCAUACAGUUUUUUUGUCUCUAAGAAUCAUGUCAAUGAUUUCACAACAUUUUACAGUCUAUGUAUUUUACAAAUUAAUUCAAGCGGUGGCAUUGGUUACAGAUUUUAUUUUUUAAUUUAUUUUUCUGAAUGUUAAGAACAUCCACAGCCUCUGUCAUGCCCUUGUUUGGCAAAUUUUACUCCAUUUUUGCCAUGGCAAAAAUACUUUUAUUCACACGGCAAAUUUUAGUUUAUGUUGCCAUGGCAAAUUUUACUUUAAGUUGCCAUGGCAAAAAUACUUUUAUUCACACGGCAAAUUUUACUUUAUGUUGCCAUGGCAAAUUUAUUUUAAAGAGCAUGGUAAUUUUGUUUUAAAUAUGACGGCAAAUUUACAUAGCACGGUAGUUUACUUGUAUAGCCAUGACAUUUUUUAAUUUAUUCCAUGGCAAAAUUACUCCAUUUU